GGCCCGUACGCUCUGAGGUCACGACGGCCGCCGUAUUAGGCGGAGGACGGAAAAGGAGGGCCGGCCCGGUGGGUGCCAUUGGCCGGGAACAUGGCGGUGAACAGGAACCACUCGCAGGGUGGAGGGGUUAUCCCGCCCAACGGGGAAAGUAUUCUCAAGCAUUGUAAAGAUGUGGAGUUGACCUUCUCUGAUGUGACUGGUAAGCCAGAGAUCUUCAAAGGCACCAAGAAAGGAAUGGUAUUCCUCACUCCUUACAGGGUCAUAUUUGUGUCAAAGGGCAAUGACCCAAUGAUGUCCUUCAUGAUGCCAUUCCAUCUGAUGAAAGGAUGCUCCAUUGAACAGCCAGUAUUUUCUGCCAAUUAUAUCAAGGGAGUGAUAGAAGCAGAACCAGGAGGUGGCUGGGAAGGGCAGGCUUCAUUUAAGAUGAGCUUCUUCAGUGGAGGUGCCAUAGAAUUUGGGCAAAUGAUGUUCAAACUUGCUAGUAAUGCUUCCAGGGGAAUACCUGCUCAGAGCUUUGGUUAUGGAUAUACACCUGUUCCUGGUGGUUAUGCCCCUCAACCUUUUCCUGGAGGAUAUGCACCUGCACCAGGGGGCUAUGCUCCACCACCAUAUGCUGGACCAUAUGCCUAUGUGCCUGUACAGAUGAACGGAUAUGGACCUGCUCCACAACCUAUGGGAUAUCCAUAUAUGCCUCCACAAGGCAUGUACCCUCCACAUCCAGGAAUGUACCCACCACCUCCUCCAUAUCCUGGCCCUCCUACUGCUGCAGGACCGUCAGCUCCAGCUGAGGCAGGACCUUCUACUCCUAGAACCUGGACAGAGCCAGGUGUGCCAGCAGCAGAGGCAACUUCCAGUGCAUAUUAUAACCCAGCCAAUCCUCAUAAUGUCUACAUGCCUAUGAAUCGUCCAUCUCCUUCUGCACCACUUGAGGAGAAGAAGAACAACUAACAGGAUCGCAUUAGCUACCUUCCCAUGUUUCUUAUCCUUGAAAACUUUGUCAUUGCCAUCACCUCUGGGUUCUCAGUUUCUAGGUCAUCCCAUGUGAAUAAUAUUGGGUGACAUCUAACACCUGCUGUUCUUACAGUUCUAGUAUGGCAAUACAAGAGCAGUGACAGCAAUGCUUUCCUGACUGCUUGCUUUCUCUCCUGAGAACUGCCAUGAUUGUUUUAGCCAGAGUUUGAAAGGAGUUGUGAAUUAUCAAAGCUACUUCACAUAUGUAGGAGUGAAAUAAUGAAGCUUUUUAUAUGAAACAAAAUACUCUCAUAAAAUAAGACAGACACUAUCUACUGGGAGUAUUUAGCUUUCAUGCAUCUCCGCAUGCCUGUGGGUAUCGUGUUACAAUUUUCACUCUAUGCAGUUUAAUGCAUGAGAGGGAAUUCUAUUAAUAUGCAGGGUUUGUGCCUCUUUCCUAAGUUUCAGGGAGAACUCUCUAAUGAUGACUUGAAAAGGAUGUCCCGGGGGUUUAAGAGUGGGGUGGGUAGAAAGAACUAGAAGAUUAAAGAGUUGCUUUAUUUUGAAAUAAUUGUCACCGUAUCUCCACCUUCUACGGUAUAAAAACCACAUAUGGCUCUAUGGCAAAGAUUUUCUUGUAACUUAUUUAACUUCUUGCAAAAAGGAUACAAAGUGGAAAUACAGAGGGAUAUGUGCAAGUGUGAAAUUGUAAGUUACACAUUUUCUGCUUCAUUGGGUUUUUUGUUUUCUUAGAUCAGUAUUUGUAAGAUACGGGGCCUAUAAUAAUGGGUGUUGAAUUAUUUCUCCAUUCUGUUCAUGAUGCAAAUGAGAAAUCUUGGAAGGAUCGAUUAUUUUGAACUGGGACCAAAGAAAGUGAUUCAUGAAACUAACAGCCUGCAAAAACAAGGAGCAAAAUAAAAUGUAGCUAAGCAAAUACUGUAAUGUAGAAAAUGCAGAAAUAAGAGCAAGCAAUAGGCUUCAACUGUUCAGGGAAAAAGAUCAAAGCAGAAUGUAUUGAUCUCCUGGAAAUCAGCCCCAUCUGCGCCGAACAUUCCUUAGUACCUAGUAGCAGCCAGUAUAGUAGAAAAAUUUGAUAGCAGAGUAUGUUUCCUAUUAUAGCAAAUGGAAAUGAUUUUAACAGUUAACUUGGCAAAGUCCUCAGAUGGCUAGGAUGUAGCUCCAUCUGCAGAGGCCUAAUGCAGUUAGAAAGGGCUAGCUACAUCUGAGAGCUGGAUGUGAUUGGGAGAUUUGCUGGUGUACAAAAAGUUGUGAUGUGGUAGAAUUUUUGCAGCUGAACAGUAUGGGAGGAGACUGAUUACAUUUGAACAAGAAAGGUCAAAAGGAUAUUUUACCAGUCAGAAACCUAGAGGCAAUUAGCAUUUGAAUAUUGUUUUCUUUCUUAACCAGUUCCUCAUUCAGCAGUGACUUCUCACAUGCUUUUUUUCCUUAUAUUUUUUCUACAAUGGACUUUUACUCCACUCAUGUAAAUUAACAAUAGUUUACCUAAGUCCUAGUCUUUGGGGGAUUCCACACCCCUGCCCUCCUGGAUGCUUUGAUUGUAUUAAACAAGAAAAAAACACAAGACAUAUAGUGAUAUGUCUUGGUAGAUCCUUUUCUAUUUUCCCUCAAAGAACUGAGCAUAUUACUCAGUGUAGCAAAAGCUUUUCUAAUAAAUCCUUAUAAAUUGAAUCCAAGAGGCUUAACAACUUUCUGUACCUUGAUUUUAGCUGUUUGUGAUAUUUUUGUAAAGCACUUUAAUACAGAAAUAUUGAAAUAUUUUGUGUUUGUAGUGGUGUAUUAAUAACUUGGUGAGUUUGGGGAGAUAUGGAAAAAAUACACAAAAUAGCCUAAAAUUUGUUUGGUGACUUCAUGCCAGAACUAAUAUGCAAAACAUUCAAUUCCUUGCACAGGACAGAAAUAUCUUAGGGGGACAAAUUCAAGAAGUACCUUUAACAGAAUUAUGAGGGGAUACAUAUUCAUUUUUAUCUUUUUUUUU